AUUGAAUUAAAGCCACAAAGUAUCAUUACUGAUUUUGAGUUGGCAGCAAUUAAUGUAUCACGUAGUAAAUUUCCUGAUACCAAUAAUAAAGGAUGUUUUUUUCAUCUUUGUCAAAAUGGGUGGCGGCAAAUACAAAGAUGUGGAUUAGCGAUUCAAUAUGGAAAUGAUGAGCAUUUUAGCAUUAUGGUACGACAUUUAUUUGCUAUAGCCUUUUUACCCUCUCAAGAAAUACCCGCAGCUUUUAAUAUUUUAAAACCACAAAUGCCUCAAGAGGCCAAUGAUUUGGUGCAAUGGUUUGAAGACAAUUAUGUU